UACUAACAAAAUGGCGGCUUCCAAGUCCUCUUUCUCUUUCAGGAAGUAUUUUCGAUUCUCGUUUGUCGUGGUUAUCCUAAUAGAUUUUGUCAUGUUUACAGUGCCUAUAGAUGCUCUUGACAACGGUUUGGCUUUAACUCCGCCCAGUAAGUCAUUUUACGUUCACGAUCACACCCAGUUGGCUUUUGACAAGCUUUAGCAAAGGUUACCCCAAUAAAUUGUCCUUAGUAACUCAAGCCUGCAUAUUCCCAAUCUCCAAAUGUUCAUAGACUUACUGGUACUUUUCAAUUCUAACUUGCAGUGGGGUGGAUGGCUUGGGAGAGAUUCCGUUGCAAUAUAGAUUGUAAAAAUGAUCCAGAUAAUUGUAUAAGGUGAGAUUGAACAAGAUUCAUAUUUUUUGUUAAUUUUUUGAGUUAAGCUUAAUAAAGAAAAUUCUUAGUUAAUGUUCCAGGUACUCUGUAGGCAGUGCUGCCAAAUCUCCCAGAUAAUCUGGGGGAUAUCUUAGACUUUGGACUGUAUCUCUCAGUCUCCAGAUUAGGGUAUGAAACCUCCCGAAUAAUGCUAAUGUUUGCUAUUUCUUUAGUAGACUCCUUUUUCCGACAAUAAAUUUUAACUAUUUUGCGUUUUUGAGCUAUUUUGAUGUUAACAUGGAACGAUUCCUCACCAACCCUGGUAUGCCAUUGUAAUAUAAGAAAUAUGUGAUUGGUGGGAAGUAAACCAAUCAGGUCAAAAGUUAGAUAAAUCUUCUAAUAAGCCCCCCGUGAGACUUAUUAAUUUUUAUUUUAGGCCCAUCUGGAGAUGGGGUGAUUUAUUUGAGAAGGGGGGGGGGGCUUAUUUUAUUUAGAAAAGACGAUAGUAUCAGUUCUCCAUAAAGAACUAGAAUACAAAGAGGAAAAACUUGAGUACAGUAAGGUUGGAGGUCAUGCAGCUGAGGAUCAGAAUCAAAUCCGAACUUUCAGGUGGUAAAUAAACCAUCCCAGAUCAGUCCAAAUGACGUUUUACAGUUGUGAUUGAUUAAUAUUGUCUAUCAUUUAUUAGUGAAGAAUAAAUCAGGGGAGGGGAGGAGAGGGGGGCGCUUAAUAGAGGAUUUACUGUAUGCCAAGAACAUCUUUUCCAGGCAUUUUGUGUCACCACAUAUUCGUGAUGAUCGGAGUCAACAAGUAUUUUUUUGCACAAAAGACGUCAUGCGCCGUGCAUUGUGAUGUCAUCUAUCAUCCCUUCCCUAUCAAUUCUCAAUAUUUGAAGACAUGGGGGAGUUAACAGCUCUUCUGCAGGUCACUUGCUUUGAUCUCCUCUUUGAAGGAGAAAUUUCAGUAUGUGAUGUGCUGUUUCACAGUUUCAUCAUUGUCAGCGUUCACUUCAGAGAUACAGUAAAGCAAUCCUCCAUUGUAACUUGAUCAAAUGGUCAUUAACAUAUUCUUGUAGCGCAUUCUAAUUGCAAUAAUGUGAAUCAGAGUAUGAAGAUUUCCAAAUUUGGAUCCAUUAAAGAGAUCUUUGAUUGGGACUAAAAAUGUUUGUCACAAAUACAGGAAUGGAAUGGUUAUUUUUGUGUUUUUGAGAUAAAGUUUAGGCUUUGAAAAUGGCAUUGCAUUGCUGGUGAAGCCCAGUGUAUUGAGUGUUCUGUCAUUGUUCUUUAGUGAAAAACUCUUCAUGCAGAUGGCGGAUCGUAUUGCUGAGGAUGGCUUUAAAAAUGCAGGUUAUCAGUAUGUUUGUAUUGAUGUAAGUAUGCUUAGAAAAUGCUCAUGGUUGCUUCAAUUCCAUUGACCUGCUAUAAACUGUUAGUCAAUAAAUGAAUUGCUAUAAGGUGGCCAUUGUCAAAACCUGCCUUGGACUGCAACAGAUCAACCCCUGUAACCCUAAUGCUAACCUUUUUUCAUGUAUUAAGUCCAGGUUUAAUUUAGAUUUUGUAGAUGCCUUAGCCUGUUUCAGGAGUUCAGAUGGUAGAUCACAAACAAAAAAGUUGAUGAGGGAAAAAAAGAAUUUCACUCCCCACCACCAGAACUCCUGGAACAGGCUAUUGAUUCCUCUGAAAGGUACUUUAAACCAGAGUUGACUCCGAUAUGUAAUUCAGAGGCAGACCGGCAGCCCAGUGACUCAGUGCCAAGUAAAUUCACGUGCACGCACGGUAUCAAUACCACUUGAGAAUAAACAUCCUCUCUUGUGUUUUGGGUUCUGUAAAAAGGCAAACAUGAGCCCUUUGCAGCUAGCCAUUCACCUGGUACAAAACUGCCAUGCUGGAGAGCAAAAGUCACAAUAAAAGGCUUAUAUAAUUUUAAAUGGUAAUUUCUUUUGUUUGUCUUGUCCCAGUGCGACUUUUGCUCUCCAGCGUGAUGGUUUUGCACCACGUGAAUGGCUACAAUCGGUGACAAAAUGAGUUGAGACACUUCACCCAAAAGUGGGCUUUUUUACGUUUUAUGAACUUCAAAAGGAGGAAAUAUAGCUUUCCUCCCCCAUCCCCUCCGUGCAAUGUUGUGCCCUUGUUCUAGCUACCUAUAGAAAACAACAAACACCCCAACUUUGAAUGGAGGGGACAGGGGAGGGGUGCGGAUUCUUUUGUUCUCCGAAGUCACCCUAUUUACCGGUAAGUAAAAUGUCUCAACAAUUUUGUCGCCGAUUGUCUGAAUCUCAAAAGUGGCCGUACGUCCUUUAGAAAGUUAAUUGAAUUCAUUUUUUUUAUGCUGGGAUGUAAGACCCCUGGUGGCUUUUUAUUUGUUAUGUUUGACUUCAUCAUACCUAUUUUAGAACAUUAUUAGAAUAAGGUGAUUUCGUUAUUUUCAGUGCGUGACAUUUCGUGUCACGCUUAACCGUGCCUUGACAUCGUGCGAUGUGGCGCGUCGGGCACGAUUUCAUAUUCUCUCCUUUAUCGAAACGCAUCAAAACAAAGAACAAAGUGAAAAGGAUAGAAAACUUAAUAGAUUUCUAGGUAUUAAAGUAGUUAUAAUGGCUAAAAUUGCUCUUUAGGAGGAAUUUUCACGAGUAACCACGAGUAACCACGAUGAGUAUAAAAGGAAAAUAAUCUAAUUAUCUUUUUUGAACAAAGUUGGUUACUCGUGCUUACUCGUGGCCAGUCUCCUCCUGACCUCAUAGUUUCUACUGUAAAGUACAUUCUUCAAAGACCCUUAUGGGUAUAUGGGCAAUGAAUCUGCUGCACAGAUUUUGCGAUGCUAUGCAGCUUAGCUGUGCAUUAGAAGUUGGAACAUUUUUCCUGAACAUUCUCCUGCGCAUAGCAAUCAUGGCUAUUUUAUCGUCCAUCCCACCCUUAUCAAAUAGCCAAACUUCGAAUAAACACUUCCAACUUACCAGGGAUAUAUUCAAAUACAAUAUAUUAUCUGCCAUCAGUUCCUACGAUCACACACUUAGUUACCAGAGGAAAAUCAAUCAUUCUGUACCUGGGUAUGCUGCGUAAUUACUUGAAAUCACUACCAAGUACAAAGAUUGUCAAAACUAAUUUUCCCUCGAAAAACACAGGAAACGGAUUAUAUGGGUAUUUUAUCUAUCUUCUGAAAAACGACCCGGUGAAUAUAGUAAUCUCAACUAGUUACCGUCUCCUAACUGGUGCUAAUAGGACAACAGCGCGAAGAUUUCGGUUCAGACAAUCGGCGACAAAAUGAGUUGAGACACUUCGCCCAAAAGUGGGCUUUUUUACAUUUUAUGAACUUCAAAAGGAGGAAAUAUAGCUUUCCUCCCCCAUCCGCUCCGUGCAAUGUUGUGCCCUUGUUCUAGCUACCUAUAGAAAACAACAAACACCCCAACUUUGAAUGGAGGGGACAGGGGAGGGGUGCGGAUUCUUUUGUUCUCCGAAGUCACCCUAUUUAAGUAAAAUGUCUCAACAAUUUUGUCGCCGAUUGUAGCUGCUAAGGGCCUAAUGCAUAGAGAAUCAAACAUAUUUUUAACUGGGCAACGUACAACAAACAGAAUAGGAUUUCAAGGGAUUGAAAUGAUUUAAAAGAUAAACAAAUUCAAACUCCAUUGUGGUCCAUGUUGCAUGCCCACACCUGAUGCAUAUCUGUGCUUCCAUAUGGAUUUACCACUGGAUAACCUUAACCACUGGACAAAAGAUCUGUUUAAAAUCGGAACUGGGCCUUCAAUGAGGCCAGAUGGCCUUUGGGCCAUCUGGCCACUGCAGGCUAAGGGCUGCAUGCCUGUUUUUAGCAAAAACCCACAUAUUAAACACAUGUUCAAGUAUAUGAUGAUGCUCUUUGUUAGCAUUAUAAAAAUUAAAUUAAUUUUGGAUGGAGAAAUGAGUUUCUAAUCAGUUCAUUUGUCCAAUGUUAUUCUUCAGGACUGCUGGUCUUCUCACAACAGAACUUUGACAGGGGAUCUUCAACCAGAUCCUGACAGGUUUCCACAUGGAAUUAAAUACCUUGCUGAUUAUGUAAGUAGAUUUUAAGUUCUUCCCAAUCUGCUGAAAAAGACACUCAGUAUGCUAGAUGAUAGACUGUGAGUGGUCUCUUUUCAGCUAGUAGAUUUGAGACUUGACAGGACUAAAGCGAGUGAACAAGCCAUGAACGCGAAGGGAAACUGGAAGAGAGAGAAACGAGAAAAUGCAGUCCCUCCUUUGCUUCCUGCCUCCCUCCUCCUAUUCCCUGGGCUGUCAGGAAUUUUAUCAAAACUCAUGAUCAGUAACAGUAGAAACUGACACCAAAUUGAGUGAAACAUAAAAAUAAGCACUCAAAACAUUGAAAGAGGGUAUCACUAACACAGCAAAAUAAUAGAAAAGUAAGCACAAAUGAACAAACUUGAAGAAGACUAAAUCGGAUUUAAAUUGUGAGUUUUUGAAAACUUGUUAGCUUUUAAUAAUUUUCAAAGGUCAUUUUUGUUGUUUUUGACGUUUGAUACAAUGCUUGGGAACUAUAUUUCUUAGACCUGCGGCUGUGAUUUUGUCUGUUACAAGUAAUUUCUUUGUUUACCUCAAGUUCCCAGCACAUAAGGAAGUGUAAUAAUUGGCAAUUAAUUAAAAACAUUAACUAGACAGCCGUGACCCAGCCCAUUUAACCCUUUAAGUCGCGAGAGUGACCAACAUCAAUUUUCUCCUAACAAAAUUAAUACAUUAUAUAAUAAUUAUACAUAAUUAUUAAAAGAAAAGUUUCUGAGAAUAAGUAUUGCUUUUAUCUUUGAACAAAUUCUCUCAACUAACUCUGUAAGGAAAUUUAUGGAGAACAGUGUGGAGAAUUUGUAUGUGGAUAUUGGGACUUAAAGGGUUAACAAGCUUGCCUGUGAAACAAUGCUGAGGAAAUUAUACCAGUGUAGAUAGAUGAAGAACCACUAGUUAAUGUCGAAAUCCCACUCAAAAGCUUUAUAGUGAAUUAAUAGUUAUUAUCUAUUAGUUAGCAAAUCGAUAAUAAUAAAUAAUAAUAUUAGUUUUAGUUUUUGUAAGAAAAAUAGUUUUAAAAUCUUCAUCACUUUAUAAUGUUUUGUCUAUUGACUUAUCAGAUCCAUUCUAAAGGCCUCAAGUUUGGAUUAUACGCAGGUAUAAUCAUAUGGUUUUUGAAAAUACGUUGCAGUUAAAAUUUUAUGUAUGAAAUGCAUAAAUACAUCAAUAAUAUUAUUGUAACUUGAUGUUGCUUCAUUACUAAUUUUGGCAUUACCUUUUAACUCCUAGACUAUGGCACUCAAACCUGUGAGCGUUAUCCAGGUAGUAUAGAGUACAUCCAACAGGAUAUGCAGGUAUACAGGGACACUGUUUUCUAAACUCGAUGCAUGUCCUCUGUAUUAUUUCAGUCUCCUAGAAACAUCAGGGCCCAGUUGUUCAAACGUUGGAUAGUCCAAUGGAUAAAUCGCUAUUUAGUGGAUUAAUAUCAGUGAUGCCAAUACAAAUUGUACUUAUUAUCCACUGGAUAGCAUUAUCCACCUUUUGAACAAUUGAUAUAACCCUGUCGUUGCAGUAACCUUUCCACUUAAGUUUCCAUUAGCCUGAGAAAGCAACCCACUUUUCGUGAAGCCACUGGUUUCCCUACCAAAUGACAUCUGAGAAAUUAACAAGUGCAGAAAUUCCAUACUGAUGAUAAUUCACUACCCAGAUCUGGGUAGCAUUCUGAUUAGUUGCAAAUUCACAUAUGAAUGUGAUAAUGGAACGUCAUCAGUACAGGGUGUUUACUACAGGAGAGGAGAUCAGAGAAUUCUCUGUUAACUACGCAAAAUUGUCUGGCAAAUGUUUGGUAGCCUAUGACUGUUUAUUAUUCAAACACGGAGCCUCUUUCAAAUAUUCUCCUGUAACAUCACACCUUUCUCCUGCUACUAGAAUUCUUAGUGAAAACCCUGCAGUAUAGAAUUUCUGUGGUUGUUCCUCACAUGUCAUUUUGCGGGGAAAACAGUGGUUGAGUCGCAAAAUGUUGGCUGUUUUCUCAUGCUACACUUCCAUUAGUGCCCAAAACCCAGUCAGAGAAAAAUUCAAAGUUUUAGUUUGUGAAUUAAUAAGAUACCAAAUUAUUGUAUCAGUAAUUUGGAAAUUUUUCUAGAAAGGCAUUCAUUUGAAUUGUGGCAGCUGUUGAAAGUAUUAUAAUUUUUUCAAUAAACAGAUACUAACUAAGUAUAACCACCUCCAUGCAGACUAAAGUGUACUGUGAUUUAUUGGUGACGAAUGCUACAUCAAAAUUAAAUUUCAUACAGCUGAGGAUUGUAGGUGGAAUAUUAAUAUUAUUAUUGUAGAAAUGCAUGGUUGAACAUUAGCAUUUUUCUUUUCAUUAAAAUAGAAACCCACAAUUUCUCAUUUUGUCAUCAUGUCCAAAAAACAUCACAGAGAAGAUGUAUAACAUUGUUAAUUAUAAUGAACUGUGUUGUCAGAAUUUGUUAGUAUUGGGGCAAGAGUUAAAGAUGAGUUUUACUGGGGAUUUAUGGUAUCUUACUUUCAUUUCUGCAGCUGUUUGCUGACUGGGGAGUAGAUUACUUGAAGAUGGAUGGAUGCUUUGCUGAUCCACUCACUUUUGAUGAAGGUUAUCCAACUGUGACAAGAGCAUUAAAUGAGUCAGGAAGACACAUAGUGUUCUCAUGCAGCUGGCCUGCUUAUCUAGUCUGGGGUGGAAUAAAGGUACUUGGCCUUAAUAUUGGUAUAUGCUAGUUUAGUCUGGGGCAAGGGUAUAGAAAUCAGAAAAUGGUUUCCAAGAAAACUGAUCAAUAGGUUGAAGAUCUUUGAUCUUUGUUAUUCUUCUCCAUAAAACUGUGUCGUUGUAAUGUCUUUUUAAUCAAUUUGCAUUUUUUUUCUUUUCAUUUCAGCCCAACUACCCACUGAUAGCAAAGCACUGCAAUUUGUGGCGUAAUUAUAAUGAUAUACAGGUGAGGAAAUUUGUUUUCUCUCUAUUUAAAAGUUAAAGAACAACAAUUUGCUCCCACAAGUAAAGUUAUCUACAGUCAUGUUAUACAAUCAGUAAGGUAAACUGUUGGUUUCAGUGGCAUUUAUAGGUCAGGAUUUGUAGCAUUUAUUUACUUUUACAUGAAUUCAUAAUGAUAUCAUUGCAUAUAUUUUGGGCUCAUUAGCCACGCAUUUAACCAUCGAAGGCAUCAUGGCACAUACAAAUUGAAUCUAGUUGUUAAAAGUGCUGGUUUAAAGAGCUGAGUAAUCUGUUUAAUUUUGUAUUGCUUUUUGUAAGAAAUAUUUAAGAGGCCUUUAAAUGCCAAAAACUGCAGAUUGAAUUUCAGGGAGGCAAAAACAUUGAUGAGUUAAAUCAGACCUAUUCUAAUGUUUUAAUACUUAUGGUUAUAUGCUUUGUCAAAUUUCAAGUUUCUAAAAAGGUUUAUUCCUUAUUAAAGUUAAUAACAAUGACUGUCUCAAUAUAACUAUGCCAAAAGAAUAUUUUACAAUAUUAUUUUGUUCACGCAUAGAAUUUCCAAAUCUUAUUUCUGUUGGAAUAUGUUGCAUGUCCAACAGAACAAUUUACAUAAUUUUCUAAUUUGACAUUACAGAAAUCCUCGUGCUACUUGAAAAGUUGGGGUCAAUUUAAGUUUCUGGGAAACUGCCCCCUACCCCUCCCCUGAGCUAACAUUAACACUUACUUCUCACUUAGGGCAAAAUGAUGGCUUAGGGGAGGGGUAUGUGGGCAGUUUCCCAGAAGCCUAAAUUGAUUCAAAGUUGUACAAGACUUCGACUACGAUUGCGAUGGGUUUUACAGUGGGUUUUCGAGUUCAGUCAGUCUUUCAUCAUGUAAUGCCGUAUAACAAUUUUCCUGUUUAUUGAAGGACUCUUGGUACAGUCUCAUUAGAAUCAUUGAUUGGUAUGGUGAUCAUCAGGAUGAAAUGAUCCCUGUUGCUGGCCCAGGACACUGGAAUGACCCAGACCAGGUACACUGAUAAGGGAACCAGAGCUACUGCAAAACAGCCCGUAUUUUUGCCAAGGUUAAGAAUGCGCGCGAGCUGUCAAAGGGAAAGGUCUGAAUUGAAGGUGAAAACGGAGGUUACCGGUCGUUUCGAUACAAAUUCAUUUCGAUACAAGUUUACUUAGUUGAGUUGUAAAUAGUUCCACGUACUUGACUUGAGUUCGUCUCGAAACGACUAGUAUCGAAACGACCGGUUUCCAAAACGGAGAGUGAGACCGAGGAGGGACGCGAAAAAUACGUUUUUUUUCGCUCUCUCUCUCUCGCCACAAACGCAAAAAAAAAAAAAAACACAAGAAAAGACAACGACUGUUUUGCACUCUAAGCUAAAAUACUCAGAGGAGAUUAUGAUCAGCUGACGGCUUCACGGCAUACUAGCAGAAAGCUUUUCCCUGCCUAUGACAUAGUCAAAAAUGGUAAACGGUGUUUUGAGAUUUGGUCGAAAAUCAUCUGAUUUUCAGAGCUUUGUGAGCUGGUUGUGGGGUUCAGACUCACGAAGUGCCAAGUGACCUAAUUAUAAAAUAGCCGAGUUUCUACUGGAUGUUAUAUCACAACCAUUUCUGGCUAAGAAAGUCAGCAUCUGCCAGGACUAAACCUAGAAGUGGCCAUAUAUGUUAUAAAAAAUAUAUAUUCUGGAGCGUAGCGUCCAUUUACGCACAUAGGCCCGUGCGUGCAUGUACCGGCUGAAAUAUGAAAUUUUUUUUAUUUUCUGAAAAAGCAGUUUUUUAUCAUUAAAUCGGGAUGACUGAUACAUUUUUUGCACCAUAUUGGUGUCUUUGUGUUAGUAUUUCCUUUAUCUUUUGUAUAUUCCAUAAUUCGGAUUGCUUCACUGGCUUUUUAUCCCGUAAAAACUGUACCUUACCGACAACACUAGAGAUGAAUAAAAUAAAUAACUAACUACUGCGUUUUCCUACGUAUUAAUUUGCUGGAAAUGGCAUUUCCGACACCCUAAAAAUAAGAAUUUUCUGGGGGGAACAUGCCCCCAGACCCCCCCCCCCCCAAGGAUGGGCCGCUUUCGGUCCUACAACGUUUCUUUCCUCGCGCGUACACCUUCAAAAUCUCACGCUACACCCCUGAUAAUACCAUGAUAUUACCUCUGAAAGUCAAAUGUUCCUUUUGAAUGGAAGAUCCUACGUUGAACUGUGUUUAACGCAGGGGCGGAUCCAGGAUUUUUUUUAGGAGGGGAUGCACUCGUCUCUUGCUCUUCUUCAACACCAAUAAACCACACAGUUUUUUUUUUUGCAAAAUACCAACAGCAGGUCAUCUCAGGGGGGGGGUGCGCACCCCCUGCACCCUUCCCCUAGAUCCGCCCCUGUAACGGGUAAAAUGCUCAGAGCAAUUGUCAACUCUCCGCUGAAAUGAUUUGUUUCAUUGUAUUAAUCUUGUAGCUUCUGAUUGGAGAUUUCAGUCUUAGCUAUGAACAAUCCAAGACACAGUUUGCAAUCUGGGCGAUUGUCGCCGCAGUAAGUAAAGAUUUUUGUUCGUUUGCUUGUUUGUUAUUUUUAAUUCUUUGCUACCAAGAGGACUCAAGGUAAAAAAUAAAACAACAUUCAUGGGAAUUCCCAAAUUUCAUUUGGUAAAAAACUGAAAUUGAAUACAGUCGAACCUCCAUUUGCGACCACCUCUCUUAAGCGAUCACCAAUCAAAAACACCAAAACUUCUCCAGUUUAAGCCUUACAGUUGGAACCUCUCGUAAACUACCACCUCCUGUAAACGACCGGGACCACUAUUUGGAGCUGACGGUUUAAUGCUUUUCUAUUGUUUUAAACCUCUUGAAGCGACCACUUUACGAGUUUUCUGAUCUCUUAUGGUCUCUGUGUGAGAUAAUAUACAAAGGACUUUUAGUAACAACAUGGAACUGCAUAAAUCCUAACUUGGAAAUUGCAUGAAAUAAAUUCCCCUCCUUAAAGUAGAUGUGUCCGAACUUCUACUCCGAAGAAACCCCCUGUGGUUCGAUUCUCGGAAGCGACCACCUCCCGUCGCUUACUACUGCCAUAUGGAUGCGCACACGACAGAAUGUCAUUCCCGUCGCCGGUUACCAGUACUUUGGACCCAAACCUGCCGGGAGACAUUGCCCUGCUCUAUACAGUAAACACCCGCUAAUAAGAACCUGUGGUUUAAGAACCUGCUGGUAGAAAUUUGGCACUUAAAUACCCAAAAACAGACGAACCUGCUUAGCCAUGCAAAAUAAGCAAGUUCGUAUUUUCGUGGGUUACAGGUAAAUUAAGAUAAACACUUUAACCAAGGAGUUUGACUUCGAGAUUGCCAGUUGAUGUUACAAGAAGAUACAUGCACCAAACUGUAAUUACAAAUAGAAGUAUUACUGUAAUUCCUAUGACGAAAAAAGGUUAAGGGUUGUCUUCAUGGACCUUGCGUAAAUAAGGUUUGCAAUGUACAGUUGUGAAAAAGUGCUGUUUAUUUAAGGACCAAACUAAAGUUCCUAUAUUUUCUGAAGUCAACAACUAUAAGUGCGGUUACACGGGACACUUUUACCGUGGUAAAUGACCCUUGUCCCGCGGUAAACUUGGCGUGGUGCGUGUGACCGGACUUUCCCGAGAUAAAUUUGCCAUGGAAAAUAUCCAUGGUUACGUCAAAAAGAAAAAAGAAAUCGCCCAUGACAUUUAACGUGGUAAAUAGCUAGGGUUUUUCGAUACCCAAGGCAAGAAAGCCAAUCAGGUCUUUUUAUUUGACAACAACAUGAAACCGCCAAAAUCUUUCUCUUUUCAAACGGGUUUCUUUCGCGCUGUUGAGAGAAAUUAAAGAUCGAUUGAACUCGUUUGUUGGGCUAAAUUUAGAAACGAUAUUUCCCAAAAAAAUAUGUUCUAUUCCUGGCACGUAAUCGAACAAUGGGAUGCAGCUGAACUGUAAAAUGGAAUCUAAGGUCAAGAUUUAAAAAAAUGCCACGUACCUUCGUUAAAUCAUCAGGACUAACAAACCAUUUGAAAUUUCAGCUAAACUCUUCGUAAAUUUUCAACAUAACAUGAAAUACUGCCAUCAUCGACGGCGAUUAUUACCGCAAUAGCACGAAUGAAGCCGUACAAGCGGCUACAUUAACUUGGGAAUUAAUGCAUGUGUAACCACUUGUUACCACGUUAAACUAGACCCACGUUAAAAUUUACCACGGCUUCGUUAACGUGGGAAAUGCCUUUUGCCGUGGUGUGUGUAACCGCACCUUAUAUCUCCUUCAUAGAAAUUAGGAACCUAAUUAAGAUUCUACUUAGCCUAAACUGCUAAAAACUACCCCAAAAUGAAAGAAACUUUAGUUUUUUGCCAGACCUUAAAAAAUGUGAUUUCUUAUUAGCGGCUAUUUACUAGUGUUUAACAUAUGACUAGUACUAGAAGUUAGUCAAGUAGUGUUAGGUUACAUGUUCGUUUUUUAUGAACAGUAUUAAAAUACUGUUUAUUUGUUGAUAGCCCCUGAUGAUGUCAAAUGAUCUGCGCAACAUUGCUCCAUGGGCUAGAGACAUCUUACUCAACAGGUAAGUCACAACUUUACUUUGUAGUACCGUGAAAAGGUCGAAAUCUCCUCCGUUUUAUUUUGUACCUUCCAACACUGCUACUGGAAGUUUUAACUAGUUUCGUUACACACCCAGACUCUCCUCAAACAUGUGCUCACCUCGACGAUCUUUUUUCUUUCAAAUGCCAACUUCUUAUUAAUUAUUGAAAUAGUGCAUUUAGUUUACCGAAUCAUUCUGAUUUUAUACCAGGGAGAUCAUAGAAGUUAAUCAAGAUAAGCUUGGAAAAAUGGGACGCAGAGUUUCACAAGUAAGUCUGCAAAAUGUAGCGAGUAAUAAACGUCAACUCGCGGUUCUGAGGGUCUGGCUGUCCACAGUGAUGGAAAUUGUCUGUACGUCGGAUUCUGAAUUUUCAGCAUUUCGUUGGGGACGAAUUAAAAGAACAUACAUCCCGCGAAAAAAAUCGCCGAGAAGGGCACGAACAGUCUUGCUACUCUUGUAUGGAUGCCAUGGUUAAAACCCGUUUGGAUUUUUUUAAUUUAUCGCAGCUUUAUUUGACGAGAUUCUAUCAUUUACCUUGAAUCGGAAUUCGUAUUUUUAGAGAUGCAACCUAGGUUCCCGCUUUUACAGCAAACCCAAACGGCAUCAAGUACCACGUGAUGGUGAUUUUCCCGCCAGUUAUUACAUUUGUGGCUUUGAUCGGAAGUAUUCUUUUAACAUCAGGGCCAUUUAUGUCAUUUAUAAGAGGAAAAAUAAGACGCCUCCUAAAUAAGACGCCAACUGUCCAUUGUAACGGCACAUUUCGUUUGAAAUAAGACGCGACUUAGCUGAAACGCGUCUUAUCUAAGACCAGCCCUUAACACCUAUUCUUAGAUAAGGCUGACUUGUCUUAGCUAAGUCGCGUCCCUUAUUUCAGACGUUUUGUGGCGUAAUUUAGUCAGGACAGUUUGCGUCUUAAUUAGGACGUGUCUUACUUUUCCUCGUAUAAAUGGUGCUAUUCUGAGUGUCAUCACUGAAACUGGAAUCGAAGAUGGUUUCAGGAAAUUGGACACUAACCUCCGUUUGGAAAAUUCCAGUCAGGAAAACAGCACUACCAUUUCAGACUUUCCGUUGCUCCUGGAAAUUUGCCAACGGAAAAGUCGAGUCCUUUUUGUUGACAGUAAACUGCCCCUUUAGAAUAAGGUUACACUUGCCAGUUCGUGCGCUGGUCUUACCUCGCCCUAAGGAAGGAAUUUCGUAUUAAAUCGCUUCCUUGGUUUUACAUGUAUAUGCGAUGUGAUUGGCUGAGAGAACUUUUGCUACUUUUUCAACCAGUCAGCGAUUAAUGAAGCUAUGAACCAAAAGUUACUUUCUUAAAAGUGUUGUCCGGCUCGUGACGCGGGUUUCAUGCAUUUGCUUCAACCUUUUAUUAGUUUAUUGGCAAGAUUUUACUGCGUUGUAAUUGUCUUAUUCUCAGCAUUUACUUUAACUGAAAAUAAGUAAACCGGGCGCUUAUUGUAAACACUCAUUUGCAUAUUUAUCGAACUCAAAAUGCGCUUUGAUGAAGAAGAGAGAAACCCUGACUUCUGUUUCAGCAGCACACGCAGUUUUCAUUAAUAUCUACAAACCUUUCAAUGUUAUCGUCAAUUAUUCCCCAUGGCAAUAAUAUUAUCUUAUCGCAUGUGAAAACUUGCUAUCUUAGGUGAAACUCAAUAUUUCAAAGGGUUUGUGGCAAGAAUAAGUUAUUUAUUUGUUUAUCUAUUUUUGUUUGUUUGUUUGUUGUUGUUGUUGUUUUUUUGCAGAGUUUCAGACAGUACACAGAGGUGUGGAGUCGGCCAUUGUCUGACGGAUCAGUGGCAGUGGUUUUGUUUAGUCGAAGACAUGAUCAGCCAUAUGUAAUCGAGGCUUUCUUUGAUGAGGUACCGCUAAGAUAAUUUAUUUAUUUAGAAAACAAAGGAAAUAAUUUAAAGGCAAACAAUUAAAAAUUCAAUACUUACUUACUAAACAAUUGAAAGUUCAAUACUUAGUAAAAAUCCAGAGAGAGAGACAAUCGUAAAAGAACAAGCUCCAACUUGGUGAAGGCCUCCAAAUAAUAUAGCCGCAUCGAUUCCUGGUUACAGUCGUCAAAUCGAACAUGUACGAGCACUUUCAAAAAAAUUUUUUAUAAGGUUUGCCUUGGACCUCGUCGUUUCCCUAGGUCUUCUAUAUGAACGCCGCUGUUACAGUGAUAUGGGCAUCCCCGCGUUUUGGGCAUGCCUAGCCUGUGUGGCAGGCGUUUGAAAGGGAAGGGAAAGGGAGUUUUAGGCGCGAGAGAAACGCGAGGGGCGCGCGAGGAUGAAGGGAAAGUCCCUGUUCUCUCGCGCCCAAAACCCCUUCUCCCCUCCUUUUCAAACGCCUGCAAGGCAGGCUAGGGCAUCCCCAUUCCCAAAACCCUAGUGACGUUGGCAUCCCCUUCUCAUAUUACCUUAGCGAUUUGGGUGUGCGUAAAGGGUUACAGGGGAUACCGAAAACACGGGGAUGCCCAUAUCACUUAGCCUGCGUCGCAGACGCUCUAAACCUUCUGUAUACAAAGGGUUUAGACGAGUGCGUGGGCCGGCUGCAACGCAGGCUAAUAUCACUGUGACACUGCCUCUUUCAGUGGUCCAUCUAGAGAAACUGGGAACCUCGUUUGUAUCGAGAUCUUUGCUGUUGUUUUAUCAUUGCUUGUCUGUCUGUUUGUUUGUUUGUUUGUUUAUGUAUUUAUUUAUUUAUUUAUUAUUCAUAUAUUCGUUUUGGUAGGUUGGGUUAUCUACAUCACUGGCAAAGGCGCGAGAUCUCUUUGAACACAAAAACCUCGGCACGUUUAAGAAAAGCUUCAAGGCAAAAGUUAACCCGAGUGGGGUGGUCAUGGUCAAAUUAUCUCCCAUACAAGAUGAAUUGUGAUUUGCGUAAAAUUUUAUCCAUCAUCAACAACAGCUUUAUUUAUUUCAAAAUGUUUGUUGCAAAAUUAAUUUUAAUACAACCUGCAAGUAGCAAAGGCUAUUCGAGGCGGGUUGUGUGAAAAUAAAUUAAUAAAUGAAUAAAAAUAAUUAGGUAGAUUCGUGAAAUAAAAUGUAAAGAAACAAAGUGUUUUAAGAAAAAGGAAGAUUAAUCAGGUAAGACAAUAGAGCACAAUUAAUUACACGAAAAAGGGUAAAAAUUAAUUAUGUCUUAAUCUCUAAUUCCUAUCGUUUUACUAAUUUCAAAGCGACAAGAUCAAUGUGUUGUCUCCAGCUUAGGUUUUUUUCUAUCAAAACAGCUAGGUGUUUAACAUGCUUUUCCUUCUAAAAGAACCUGAGAUUGCUUGUCAUUGUCAAAUACCCAACUUUUAGGUUGAUAGGAAAGUAUCCUUUAAUGGGGACGAAAUAUGACAUAAUUGGCUUUCUUAAUAUUUGAGGUUAGCCUAUUUGCAGUAAGCCAUUCACAAAGUUUUUUUAAUUCUGCAUUAACAGUCUUCUCUAAUGAUUUAAGGUUCCUAUUUGCAUAAAGUAAACUAGUAUCGUCAGUUAAAAGGUGAAACUUCAAUUUAUUUGAGCAGUUACCAAUAUCAUUAAUGUAAAGUACAACAAACAGGGGACCAAACACUGAGCCUUGCGGGACUCCGCAAGGAGGUUUACUGUAUUAGAAAUAAUGACCCAACUUAAGUUGUCUGUGCAAG